AGAGUUAAAGUUAAGAGAGAAUUUUUAAAAUACAUAAUAUUAUGUACUUCUCUAAUUUAUAUUUAUUUACUUUAUGUGUUUGGAUUUGAUUUAUGUUUUAUUAAUAUUUUUCAUUUGGGUUUUUAAAGUUUCUAUUUAAAUUAAGUAAUACGAACAAAAUUAGAUUUUAAUUUGAAUUAUAGUGAAAGAGAAUCUAUUAUUAGUUGAAUUGUAUUAUCAGUCGUAAUUAUUAAUAUGUCAAAUAUUUAUCUAAUUCCGGUAGCAGUAUUUUUUAUUUUUCAGACAACUUUUAUUUGCACCUAUAUAGCCGCAGUAAUUCAAGGACAUGUUGUUCCCGACAUUCCGUAUAUAUCCGAUGCAGCAACUUAUUCGCCAGAGUCAUGUGUUUUUGGUCAAUUAAUUAAUAUUGGAAGUGUCUUAUUGGGCAUUACAAUUUACAUUAGAUAUCGGCAAGUUUUGCAAUUGGUUAGUCAUCAUCCUGAAAUAGGGGAAUCCCUAAUUAAAUAUAAUAAAAUUGCAGUUUAUUUUGGAUUGAUUUCAUGUCUGGGAAUCAGUGUUGUAGCUAAUUUCCAAGAGACUAAUGUUAGAAUUGUGCAUUUCACAGGUGCAUUUUUUGCUUUUGGCGUUGGAACGUUAUAUUUUUGGAUGCAGGCUUUGAUCUCCUACACGAUUCAUCCAUUUGCUGGCUCAAAAUUAAAAGCUCAUAUUCGGUUAGGAAUGGCUAUAGUAUGUACAGUUUUAUUUUUCGUAUUAGCUGUAACCGGAAUUAUAUCACAUAUUCUUUUUAAAGGUCAAAAUCCUAGAAAAUGGUAUCCUUCAGAUGGUGGUUGGAAAUUUCAUGUAGCUAGUUCCAUAUCAGAAUGGGUAAUUGCUACAGUGUUUUGUUUCAAUAUACUAACUUAUACUGAUGAAUUUCGUGACAUUCAUUUCGAUCAUCCACCAAUCAUUUUGUUGAAUUAUGCUGCGGAUGAAGAAAAUGUACUGGAUCAAUAGGAGGAAAGGGUUAUAAGACAUUAUCAUAUUAAGUUUUUUAUAAGCUUUUUUAUAUUUUUAACUGUGAUAACAAUAUCUUUUGCCUUUUUUUCAAUAGUAAUUGUUUGAAAUAUAAAUUUAUAUAGUUUCAAGUAUAGAGCUAUGUGCUUCGCAAAGAUUUUAGUUUAAAGCUUACAAAUCGAAAAAUUUUGUAAAUAUUUGACAUUGUAAUAUCUGAUGACAUUGUAAUAUAAUAUGAAAACUUGUUC